AUGUUGGAUCCGGUAACAGCCAUAGGUCUUGCGUCAUCUAUUGUUGCCUUCGUUGAUUUCAGCGCAAAGCUCGUCAAAGGGUCGAUCGAGAUCUAUCAGGCUAGUGAUGGCACCCUAACAGAGAACCGCAACAGUCAGGCGGUCGCGGGCGCAAUGGAAAGAUUCGCCGCUCGGCUCAUUAUCCAGCAGUCCUCACAGCUAUUCGGCGAUGAAAAGGAACUCGUUGAUCUCGCGGAAAACUGCCAUAUUGUCUGUAUGGAACUACUCGAUUUGUUGGGGCGAAUCAAGCCGAAGGAUUUGUCUUCCAAAAAGCAGAGCCUUUGGGCAGCAUUGAAGAACAGAUUUCAUGAGGGCGAGCGGAAAGAGCUUGAAAACAGACUCGAUACUUGUCGCCGCCAGCUGGAGCUUCACAUGAGCUUCAAAACCAUGAUCUCCGUUGACAAGCUUUCUCACCUAAAGCACGACGAUAUGGAUAAAAGGCAUGGCAUGAUAGAAGACGCUCAUGAGAAGACGUUUCAGUGGAUUUUUGAUAUCGACGGAGCCGCUCGGAAUGACCAGGCAGGGUCUGUUUCUCCAGCUCCGGACGAUUGGGAUAGCGUUGACACACUUGGUUCUAAUGAUUCAGAUGCUUCUGUAAGUUCUUUCCGAAGGCAAGAGCGAGCCAGAAGAAGAAAAUGGAAAAGAGACACGGAAAUCGAGAAGACAAAUGAGGAAAUACAGAUGCGACAGGAAUCACGAGAAAAGUUCCUUACGUGGCUUUCAGCUGGAACAGGAAUCUUUCACAUAUCAGGAAAGAUGGGCUGCGGGAAAUCGACCCUGAUGAAAUUCUUAAGUCAUCACCCGGGAACACGAACACGAUUGGAUGAGUGGGCAAGUGGAAAUCGGCUUGUGUUAGCAAGCUUCUUCUUUUGGCGACCAGGCUCAGGCGAUCAAAAAUCACUGGACGGUUUAUAUCGUUCCCUGCUGCACAGUGUGCUCAAACACCAUCAUGACUUGAUACCGAGCAUCUUCCCUAGAGCAUGGAGAGAAGCGAGAGAAAGAUCUUGGGCAACACAGACGGAAGUAACCCUCUCAGGAGAUGAUAUCAGUGAAGCGUUCGACCUUCUCGUUCGUAGCGAGAACAUAUGCGCCAACUACAGCUUCUGUUUCUUUAUGGACGGCUUGGACGAAUAUCAAAUCAGAACACAAGCCGACCAUAUGGACCUCGUCGAACGGUUACAUAGCUGGACUACCGCCUUCCCUUCGAAUAUUAAGCUUUGUGUUUCAAGCCGAGAGGAGCAUCCUUUCAUGAACUCGUUUGCAGAAGCCCAAAGGUUACGACUUCACACCCUAACACAAUACGAUAUCAAGGCAUAUAUUCUAGACAGGCUCCCCAGUUCUAAAAGCCCAAGACCCAGGCAGGCAUUGGCCAAGUAUAUUGUCAAAAAGGCUAGCGGUGUCUUCUUUUGGGUAGCACUCGUCGUCAGAAGCAUACGUGGUCAGUGGUACUUCGAGCCCAAGCCUGCUAGGCUCCGCAAAAUUGUCCGUGAAUUUCCGAGCGAAUUGAACGACCUUUACCGACAUAUACUAAAGAAACUCCACAAAAGCGAUCGCAAAAUGGCAUAUCAGACACUCGCUAUGCUCCCCUUUGUGACUGGUAGGCAAAGUUGCAUUUAUCUGGACUUACUGGCGUACUCUUUCCUUGAUGAAUACGACCUAAACGAAAGGUUUGCCAGGGAAGAUAAAUUCAAAGCAAAACUAUCAGAAGAACAAAAGGAGGAAAGGCGGCAGAUCGCCCGGACUAUGCUGAGCGACUGGUGUGGGGGACUAGUUGAAUUCGACCGCCGGGGGAAUAUUGGCUACGCCCACCGGUCUGUGGCAGACUUCCUCGAAGAUGAUGACAUCCAACAGCAAAUGGCCGCCUCUUUGCAUGGUACCCACCCGGUCAGUGUACUUUCGGAGCUUAUGCUGGCAAGAUGGAAAGUUCAAGGGAGUGACGGUGAUUGGCGACGGGGGGGCUCCCCAUAUAAUCUUAUGGUGUUACGUGAAGUUCAUCAUCUCGAUCACGAACCAUUCGAGUUUCUACGCAAUAUGAAUGACAUUUUCGAGCCACAUCUAAACAGCAUUGAUGACUCAACACUUCUCGGUUCCAUUGAAAUCUGGGUACGGGAAUAUGCUGGUUAUAUCGCAAUGAGACAGGUCAAGGAUGAAAUAAAUAUGCGUAAAGUCGGGGAAAGUGUUUACCUGUCCUUCGCGCCCCUCUUUUUCCCAUUCCUCAAGACAAAUGACUACGUCUUAUGGAGCAUUGAAAACGACCCUAAAGCGACAAAUACUGCAUUCAAGAUGGUGCUUCUCUUCUAUGCUUCCAUCAUCAACCCCUCUUAUCCAGUUUUAGAUAUGCUUCUGGAACUGAACAUCAUCAGCCCCAAAAUGUGA